UCAGUUCUGUUUUUCCCUGCACCCGCUUUAGUCAUGUUGGAUUUACCUUUCUAUUUUAUGUAUAAAUGCAGUUGCAGUUGCAGACAGUUGUGCAGUCUGAGCCACACAGUUCCAGUUUGAUUUUAACCGUAUCCGUUUGUGGACUUUGCUUUUUGCUCGAUUUCUUUUUUCUGUUUCCUGUUUGUGUCUCACUGCUUCCCUCACAUCUCCCUCAGCAGCUUUUCCUGCAUUAUUUCUAACAAAAGUUUCAUUUUUUGGUCAUGGAUGAUUUCGUAAGAAACAAACUGGUUGAAUGGGGGCUAAGUGAGUGGGUGGGGAAAUUUAAAGAUGAACAAAUCGAUUCUGAAAGUCUGUGUGAGCUUGAUGAUCAAGAAAUUAAUAAUUUGAUCACAAAAGCUGGACCAAGAGUGAAAUUCAAGAAGAACCUCAAGCUGUUAAAGGAAGAAAAAAACACAAAUCAAGAAACAGUCAUUUCUUUUCAAUGUCAACAGCAGCAUGAAGAUGUAGCUGAUGUGGUUCAGUGUGAAGAGGAGCAUGAAGAAGCAGCUGAUGUGGUUCAGGUCUUGCCAUCCACAAGUGAUACAGGAAAAAGAAAACCAGACCUUGAAAGUGAUGCCAGCAGGUUGCAGUCACCAGCUAAGCGACAGCGUCAGUCAAUGCCAGGAUUUGAAGAACCAACCAUACUAUCUAAUGUGAAAAACAUCAUGGCAUUUGUACAUUCCAGACUAAAUGAGCAAGACAAACUCAGUGCUUUCUUAAAGAAAAAGAUCAGUGAUUUGGAGACAAACAAGAGGGAGCUGGUUGGUGUCUUUGGUAAAACUGGAGCUGGAAAGAGCUCUUUGAUAAAUGCCAUCAUCAAAGAGAAGAAUCUUUUACCCUCAGGAAGUGUCAAUGCCUGCACCUCAGUCAUGAUCAAAGUGGAGGCUAACACAUACAGCUCAAAGUAUGAAGCAGAAAUUGAGUUCAUCACAAAAGAGGAGUGGAACGAAGAGUUGUGGUCAUUUCGUCAGUUUCUUGACAAUAAUAAAAAUCAGAAAAAGGAAGACGAUGAUUAUCAUGACGCUGUUGAAAAGCUGUCAGCACUGUAUGGAGACGACUGGAGAAAGUCCUUUGAAAACCUCAUGGAUCGCAAAUAUUUCAAAGAAAUUCCAGAAUUUCUCCAAUCCAGGCGGAAGAUUUUGACAUGUGAAUCAGCUAAUGAACUCUCUGCAGAAUUUGUCAAGUACACAAGAAGUGAUUCAAAACAAGAAGAAAGUGAUGAAGGAAAAACAUGGUUUUGGCCACUAGUGAAGUGUGUGACUGUCAGGGUGCCAAACAGGCCUCUUCUCCAGCAUGUCACACUUGUGGACCUUCCUGGAAAUGGUGACUGUAACAAGAGCAGAGAUCAGAUGUGGAAAGGGAUAGUUGGAGAUUGUUCUACUGUGUGGAUUGUGACUGAAAUUAAUCGAGCAGCAUCAGACAAAGAGGCCUGGGGGAUCCUGGAAAGUGUCAGUAGUUUGAUUGGAAAUGGUGGCGAAUGUCAGCAAAUUCAUUUUAUCUGCACCAAGUCUGAUCUUCUUGAUGAUUCAGAUGAUCUUUCAUCAGCUGAUAUCCAUGAUCGAAUAGUUAAAAGAAACAUUCAAGCCAAUGAUGGAGUAAGGAAAGAAUUCAACAAGAGAAGCAAGAUUAAGACACACUUCACUGAUGACAGUUUCAAAGUGUUCACAGUGAGCUCCAAAGAGUUCCUAAAAGGGAAGCAUCUAAGUCCAGAAGACACUGAAAUACCCAAACUUAAAGGAUUUUUGCAAGAGCUCAAUGACUGUCACUCAGAGACAGUAAACUAUGUGAAUGGAGCUUAUGGGAUUCUGUCUUUGAUUGAAGGUGCCAGGCGCAGAAAAGAGGGUGUUGGAAAAGCAGAUGAUGUAUGUAAAGUCCUUGAGAAAAACAUGACAGAAAAACUUGAUCAAGUGAAAAAAGCAGUUGAAAAAGCGAUCAAGGAUUUUGAACAGUGUCUUACAGAAGGGGUUAAAAAUUCCAAAACCUCUGAUGAAAAACUGAAAUCGUUUUUGGACCGUGAUAAACAGCCUAGUUUUUUCAAGACACUAGAGGCUGUGGUUAGAAAAGACGGCAUGCACAAAACAAAAAAAGGGGAACACAUAAAUCUCAACACAGUAUUAGCUUCAUGUUUGACUGACAGCAUUGAUGAAAAAUUCAGAAAGACCUUCCCAAAUGAUGUUAAAGGUGGAUAUUUCGAUGGAGUCAUCAGUAGAUUUUCACUUGACACAAAUUCGCUGAUUCAAAAAUACCAAGAUGUCAAACUGCAGCUGAUAUUUCUCCAGACAGAGGAGGAUAAAAUUAAGGCAAAACUCAACAAAAUAAUCCUAAAAGAGAAGAAAAUCAUCUACAACAGUCUAACAGAGGCAAUUGAGAAAAACAUGAAAAAGUGCUAUGAAGAUGCACGAAAAAUUUCAGGGAAUGAUGCACUGAAAAAAAUGAGGAAGACUAUUGAGACACAUGUAUCCUUAAAUAGGAACAUGUAUGAGGACGCAAAAGAGACCAUGUUGGAGAAGAUGGAUGAACUGAUGAUGAUCAUCUGCAAGGAACUAAAGGAAACCAUGGACCACUCCAUUAAACUCUCACUCAAGGCAUCAGCUUUGAGUGAGAGUCUUCCAGAUGUUUCAGAGCAUCUUGAAACUGUCCAGCAACAUUACAAUGAAGGUAAGAGCAGUCAAGAGAGAGAAAUGACAUCACAGUAACCAGAUUUGCUCCACACAGUAACAGCAGAAACCUGAUGACCCACUCAACAUCUCUGAGGGAACACUGACCAUGAGGUCUCUGGAUAUCACCACAGACAUUUCUGUCAAGUUGUGUUUACUGCUGUCUUUGAAUGUUGUGUUUGACUUUUAAUGAAUUUGAUGAAAUUAGAUUUUUCAGUCCUCACUGCAAGAAAGUCCUGGGUUUGAAUCCAGUUUGAGGCCUUUCUGUGUGGACUCUGCAUGUUCUUCCUGUGUCUGUGUGGGUGCUCUCUGUGUACUCCAACUUCUUCCCACAGGCUAAAACAUGCAUGGGGGUUAGGUUAAUGGGUGAUCUUGGAUAUAGAUGUGCAUGUGAGCAAGAAUAGUUAGCUGUGUGACACAGUUAUUAUAGUUUUGUAUUUUGUCAUUAAUUUUUAUUUUAUUUCUGUUUAGUUUCAGUAAGUUUCAAGACUGUUCUUAUUUCAAUUUAUUUUUUAUUGUUUGAAAAUGUUUAGUUUUAGUUGGGUUUUAUUACUGUUAUAAUUUUUUUUUAAUUGUUGUGUAUUUAGUGCAAAUGUCAGAGGCAAAAUUUAGGAAAACCAGUAGAAACAAUAGGAACGUUUCACUUUUUGAAAACAGUUGACCCACUUGUCUUGUAGAUGUCCAGUGUCUCAAACACGUCCAUCAAUACCAUGUCAGGCACAUUGUAAUAACAUUUUUACCAAACUAACAAAUACUGAAACUAAAACUAUUUCCUCUAUACACUGAUUUGUAUUUCAAAUGAGGUCAUUUAAUCGUUUCUGUAGUUUGUUGUUUUAAUUUUGUUUAACUAAAAUAUUCAUAUCUAGUUUUAGUUUUUAGUUUAGUUUUAGUUGAGUGGAAUAACCUUAGCAACCUGUUCAGGGUGUACUCUGCCUUUUGCCUGACAACUGGGAAAGACUCCAGCAACCCUGAAUUGGAUAAGCAAAAGAAAAAGGAUAGAUGAAGAUUUUUAAGCAUGAAUUCCUCCCAGGGUUUUUAAGGUUUUAGUUGUGAGGGUCUAAACCAAAAGGCCAGCACUCUGUCCAAAAAUGUUUUGAUGUCUAUUUUCUCCAUUUUGUUGUAUUUGUUCAUUAUUUGUAGACCCUAGUUAUAGAGAAAAUUAUACAGCGGUAGAACUACAAUGUUACAGAUUUUAAUUUUAGUGCUUUAAACCACAGGAAUACUGUGAUAUUCAGACUCUUUUCAGUUUUAAGGAUUCAAUUUAAGUAAAUUUGAAUAUUUAUUUUCGUGAUGUAUUUGUCAGUUUUAUUCUUAAACUUCUAUAGCACAUGAUUUAUGUAUACCAUUUUACUUACAUUUCUAACAUAAAUAUGAAUUUACUGUAAUACAGUGGUUUCUUUGGUUGUCAUAUGAGUAAUAAAGCAGCAGCAAAAAAUAC